UCCACUUCAAAAAGACUUUAUGGGGUGUUACCGUUAACGUCCGUUAGUGGACACAGCUUAGCUAGCUCUUGCUUUUUCACAGUUCACUCGUUUAGUUUACACUAACCUGAACGACAAUCCAUCAGUUUAUAAUAAAAAAAUAUAACCUUGUUUCCUGGUCCCUGCCUGGUUAAUUUACUUAACAUCUGUUGUUGUUUUGGCAUCUUAUCGUUUCACAUCACUCCCAUCCAUUUCCGUCAUAAGUAAAAGGUGAUUUAAGGUGCAGUCUGUGAAGUCUGCUGCCUUGGCUACCUAGAGCGUCAGCGGUUCAGAAAGGGGCAUGGCCCCGGCCCUGACCAAAAUCCUGAAAGAUGGCCAUGGUAUCCACCUGUCCUCUCCUCCUGCUUCUGUCAGAAUGGACUCCGACGGGAGAGCCAUGCGUGCUACUGAGCUGGAGUCUCAGAUGAGAUUGACAGAUGAUGGUGACCUCCAGAAGAUGUGGCUGAACCUGUCUUUGUUUCCCUCUCUGGACUCAUGUCUACCCGGGAGCCCCCUGGACUUCCCUGCCAACCCUGUGCUUUCCUCCUGUCAGCAGGCGUCUGCCAGUCAAUGUGAGACGGUGUUCUUCCCCAGCCCAGCUUCCCUCCUCAGCCUCCUUUCCUUCAAUAAAGGCCUGAGAGAUUCUCAUCAGGUGGCCUGUGUCUUCCCAGGUGUACCAGACAUGUUUUUAGUCCCUGUCCCUGAGCACAAUAGCCAAGAGGCUUGCCUGCUGCAUAUGCACAGGGCUGCUCCUGAAUGUAGGCCAGAUGGUGGUGAUGCGCAUCACUCCUCUCUUACCGUUACCAGUGUUCCUCCUUCAUAUUCCCAUGGGGAGAUAAAGUACCAAGGCUACACGCCCUUCUUUGCACUCCCACCUACAUUGACACAAGAGACAAUGGCUGGAAUGGGCUGCCCUCCUCCAUCUUCAGUACAGCCUUGUAGUGGCAGGGUGAACUCUGACCAGCUGGCACCCACAGCUGUGCUGGAGGAGGCCGUGAAGGAGCAGCUCUCCAGGCAGGCAGGGCUGCAAAGCCGAGCUCAGAGGCUGCAGAGGAGACUGCAAGCCCUGCUAGGGGAGCAUGCCGUGCUUCACUGCAGCCAGCAGCUGGAGGGCCUGAACAGGCACUGUCAACUUGCCAAACCGGACUCCACACAUCCUGGUAUACUGCCUCCCCAUGUGGGCUGCAAAGCCCAGUUGUCUUGGCUUGAGUCGACCACAGCCUCGUCGUCCUUCACAGAGCUCAGCGAGUUCAGCCGCUCCAGCCAGGCAUUGCUGAGAGGCCUGCAGGAGUCUUUGGACUCCGAGGCCACGGCCAGCAGCAGCUCAGACGAGGAGCAAGGGGAGGAGAAGAGUCUCGGCAAAACCAAGUGUUCUCCUGGUAGCAGCUGUGAGAGGCGUUGGCUGGAAGAGAGAGCAGAGCUGGGCAGCAGAUGGAGCUGGUUGCAGCUGCGUCUGGCCGAGCUCGAGAACAGGAUACAACAACUGGUGGAGCUCCACAAGCACAUCCGCUCUACCAAAGGGGGUGUGGUGCUUGCAGAGUCCCAGCCACUGACAGACAGGCGGAUUCAGCACACCCUGCUGAGAGAAGUGGCAGGGUUAUCCUGCACAGCCUCGGAUGCUGACACUGAACCCUGCAGCCCCACGCGCCUUCUGCACAACAUAGAGAGACAGAGUGCUCAGCUCAGCCAGAUUGUCAACAGUCUGAUGCCUCCUCUCGGCUUUUCACCACAGUCUAAACAAACACACACCUGGAAAGGCACGAGAGCCUUCACAAGUGGUCAGAUAGGAGACGAUGUUUCUGCCCCUGGUAGCUCCAAGAGAAGGAGGCCGGGGACCAAGAGGCUCUUCAAAGCUGAUGUGUCGUGUGUGUGUGCCCGGGCCCGACCCUUGGUCACCUACCAUAAGCCCAGGCUGUUCACUUUCAGUACCUACAACUGCAGCAGGCCACAGGACUUGGGGAAGUCCACGUCUGCCCUCUCCUUUUCUCUCUCAUCAUCUUCCUGUUCAUGUUGCACGUCUUGUGAUCCUGUAGUCCUGUGCUCUGAUCCUGACUGCAGCUCCAGUAGGGCCCUGUCCUCCAGGACCCCCAGCGCCACACCUCACUCUGUGCUGUCUCUUUCAUUUGACGCUCCUCUGUCCCACCACUCAAAGAGGGCCCUGGCCAGAGAAGAAUGGUCCCAAAGGCCUUUGGUUAUCAACGUCCAACCAUCCAGUCCAGCACACUACAAGAGACGCAGCUCCACACCACUGCACAGCAGUCACAAAUACAAGCAGCAUGCAAGGCAUCAUAAAAGCAGAGUUAUGGGUCUUUCGCCAGUCGGGAUGGCAGGCUCUGCUCAGAGUCAACACAGGAGAGCUAGUCGGAGGAAAAGGAAGAGAAGACACAUCCACAGGCUGAUAGAAGAUGAGGAAGAUGUCGUGUACCAGCUCUGUGACCCAGAGGACAGUUCUGAUGAAGUGCUGGAGGAGAGCUGCACACAGGUUUCACACAAGCAGGCCUCACAGGGCUUGGUUCGCAAACGGCAGGGAGAGAGCGUGUACAACAUCAACAACAUUGUCAUCCCCAUGUCACUGGCUAAAGUGGAAAAGCUCCAGUACAAAGACAUCCUGACACCCAGUUGGCGGGUGAUUGACGCCUCAUUUCUGAUGAACAGAGAGGUAGAGAAGGAGGAGGACAAUGAGGAGGGGCAGGUGGAGGAUCUCAUUGACGAAGUCUUUGCCCAGAGACACCUGGCCUUAGAGCAGAGAGAGAAAUUGCGCUGGCCAUCCUGGGGAAAGAGAAAAUGCUGCAGACACCCUAAAAGGUGGAAGAACACACACGGGCUCACAAAUGCAGUGUUGAAAACUGUUGCAUUUGAAUACGAUGUGACAAGAUCUGGCAGCAGACUGUCAGGCAGUGGGGGCGGGAUGUGCACAUCAGGAGAGGAGAGCUCUGUGGAGUGGAGUUGUGCUCAGCUGGAUACCGAUGAGCAGCAAAGCUCAGAGGAGUGGUUGCCUCAGGCACCCUGGGAGCCACGAGUGUUUCCUUUGGAUGAAGACAAUGAAGAAGCCCUGCUCUCUGAUAACCUGGAACAAGUUCCGUCAGCGUCAGAGUGUAGCUCCUCCACAUCAAAGAACUCCAACCCCCAUGCCUCCCCAGCUGAGACCUCUGGUGCCACACUGCCGUCUGGUGGACGAAGCAAGAGCAGAGCGCCCAAUGGCAGCUGAAAGAGCAGUGCCUUACUUUAUACAUAUUUCCUCCCUUCUGGGACCAUGAGGAGAAAACGUGCCCUGGGAACCUUAAUUGGGAUACUUAAUACAUUCCAUGAAUACAGUGAUUUGAUGUUAUUUGCUUAAUACUUUGAAGCAAGUGUAUUUAGUGAGUAUUGUAACACGUGUCACAAUAUUUUAAACUGACUGCUGUAGCUUCUGCAACAAUUUCAGGAUUUAAUGUACAAUAGGUAUUGUGUGUGUGUGUGUGUGUGUGUGUGUAUAUAUAUCUAUAUAUAGAUAUAUAGAUAUAGAUAUACACCAGCAACACCAGCACAUAUCCAGUGUAGUCUCAGGUUUGUAUACUGUUUGUAGUCGUCACAUGCUAUUUAUUUUCACAGUUGUCUUAAAAAGUUGGUGUAGAAAGACUUUAAUACAUACAUAUAUUUAUGUAA